AUGUCACCAUUUCGCCCAAAAACUCCAGCCGAAAAGAAAAAGGUAAAUUAUUGAUAAUUUGCUGAUUUAUUUUAUUAUAUGAGAAAAAUUGUUCAUAUUAAACUUGUAUUUUUAAUAUUACAUAUUGAGGGUUGAAUUACAAAAAUCGAUACGCAAUACUAAAUUGCAUCGGCUUAUACCAAAAAUGUAUUAACGGCGAUUUGGUUAUUUUUUUUUUUUUUUUUUAGCGCUGUUUAGUGUUAACAUAUAAUUUUAUUUCGAUUGACGACGGAGUCCAAAGGUAGUUUCCCAUUCUAAACAGUGGCGCACAACUAGAGUAAGGGGAGUGUUCCGGGUGUCUGGUCACCCCUCUACAUCCGUAGUAGUUUUAAGUAAAGUAAAUGUGUUGAAUUGGUUUAAUGUAAACCUGUUCGAAUAAUCCCGGUUGUGCCACUGGCUCUAAAUUUUUGGUUUUCUAAUAGUUUUGUAUUUUCGCUGUCUAAGAAAUCGAUAAAGCUGAAAUUCAUUAUCGGCCCAAUAGUGAUUUUAUAUUAUGUCGUGAAGCGAAAAAUUGAUAGUCAAAAUUCAUUAACGGCUGGCAUAUCGUUGGAUAAUCGAUUUCGAUGUGACUUUAUAAACUUAUAAUAACUUUCUUUUUCAAUCAUUAAUAACGAAUAAAUUGACGCAGAAUGUAAUAUUUUAAACGGCUUGAAAGUUAAAUGUUUCGAACAUAAAAUACAUUAAAUAUGUGUAUAUACAGGCUGAAACGUCACCCUUAAAAAAUGCCGAGGAAGGCCGGACCGCCCAUCGCCAUUCCCUCAGCAUCACGAACCGGUUUUCGAAUUACAACAUCAACGGAAGUUCGCUCACGAUCAGAUAUCGUAGAAACCUAUUCACUAGGGGCGGCCAAGUGCAGGCGGUUGACCGCUCAAUUUCGGUGACACUGCAUACCCGCCACGGUGCAUCAAGAACGGUCGCCCGUAAUAAUUAUCACCGUCAACUGUACGAGACAGGAAAUGUAAUUUUAACGGAAACGCGCGUAGACGACACUCGAAUCCGGUUUUUCGCCGGCCGUUAA